GAUCUCUACUGGUAGUAUCACGGACGGCACAAUCAACGGCGGGCGCUUCAAAAACGUGAAGGGAAGUGGGAGUAUUUAGGACCCUUCCCAGCAAUCUCACCCAUCCCUCCCCUUCCCCUGCUUCGGCAGCUGCUGGUGUGGUGAUACACUCGCCUAGCUUUGGCCACCACUAAUCUCUGCUCUGCUUUUUCUCCUCUGCUCCACUGAUCAUCCAAUUCUUCUCUUCCUGAUUGGCCAUUCUGAUUGGCUGGUGACAUGUCGAAGAAAAUUGUGGUGAAGCUGGACCUGCAUGACAACAAGGACAAGCAGAAGGCCAUGAAGGCCGUCUCCUCGGUUAUCGGAAUCGACGCCAUUUCGAUGGACAUGGCGUCGCGGAAGAUGACGGUGAUCGGCACGGUGGAUCCGGUGGACGUGGUGAGCAAGCUCCGCAAGGCGUCGUGGGCGGCCUACAUCGAGUCGGUCGGACCGGCCAAGGAGCCGGAGAAGAAGGAGGAGAAGAAGGAGGAGGCCAAGAAGGACGCCGGCGGCGGCGGCGGCGACGGCAAGAAGGAAGGAGGUGACGGCAAGAAGGAGGAGGGCGGCGACGGCAAGAAGGAGGGGGAAGGCAAGAAGGAAGGCGACGGCGGCGGCGACAAGAAGGAGGGCGAAGGCAAGAAGGAAGGCGACGGCGGCGGCGACAAGAAGGACGGCAACGGCGACGGCAAGAAGGAGGGCGACGCGAAGGCCGCCAAGAAGGAGGAAGGCGGCGGCGGCGGCGGCGACGGCGGAGGGAAGAAACCAGCCGCGGUGGCGCCGAUGCCGAUGCCGAUGCCGCUGCACCACCUCCCACCGCAGUACUUCAACAUGGAGUACAUGAACCAGUAUCACCGGCCGCCGCCGCCGCCGCCGGCCUACCCGUACGUGCCGCCGCCGCAGUACUACUACGUCCGCAACAUGAGCAUGGAGGAGAACCCCAACUCGUGCGCCAUUUGCUGAUCGAAAAAAAAAAACGCCAUGGCAAAUGAGCACCAUGAAUGCUUUGCAUCUCAAUGCAUGAUCUGUGUGCACUUCUGCAGCAGGUAGGCGACGCGUGCGUGCGUACACGCUUGUGUUCUUGAUCGAUCGGCCGUGAUGUGUAUAGUAUAAGAUCUCAGUGUUUAUGAUGAGAAGAACAAAUUAAGUUUGCGUGAUCGAACCAGUACGUACAUAGUAGUAAGUUCGUUUUUUUUUUCUUUUCGACAAAUUCAACCAACCUCUUCAUCGGUGGAUAUAUCCGGUUAAUGAAAUAUAUGAUGAGACCAACAAAGUUUGCAAGAUCAAACUAGUA